AUGUCCGAUGCAUAUAUUGCAGAUUGUGUACUACAAAUUGGGGAACUUCAAGAUUUCUUGACGACCUAUAAAAAUUGCAAUAUCAAUUUAGUUAAAAUCAUGGAGAAAAUUUGUGACUCACCACUCAUUGAGUUUGAUAUUUACAAUGUUUUUGAUAUAUAUGUACUUCGAGAGACCAUUCGGAAUAUGGAAACCGAAGCCAUUACAAAUAUAUUAGAGAUGUAUAAAGAAAUAAUUGUUUAUAUCAUUAUUGUUUACGAAGGAUUUGAAUCUUAUAUAGGACAGAUGGCUGAACAUUGGGUAAAAUACGUAAGAAGAUUUGAUCGUCUUAUUGAAGAUGCCUUACGUUUAGCCAUCAAAGCCACUAUGCAAAACAUGUACAAAUGCGUACACGGCGAUGGAACGAUGGCCCCAUCCCCGUUGAUAAAAAUGAGUUUAUACCUAUCUGAUAAAAAUAUUAUAUACCUACCAACGAGAAAUGAAAUUGUUGAUACAUUUACAACUGUUUUGGAUGAGAUUGUGCAUAUUUUGAGCACUAUGCCACGGCUGUUUCAAAAGUUUGGCCUCCCUGCAGGCGGGCUUAAGAACUUUAGUGACGUCAUACAGACGGAUGCUGAUACGAAUAAGCUGCAAUCUCUUAUUGAUAACGAAGUUGAAUAUAAUCUCGGACUUAUACACGAGCAUAUCCGAAUGUGGGAUCCAUAUGCUCACAUAUGGAAAGUCGAUAAAGACGAAUUUAUGGAGAAAUAUAGACAAGAAGGCCAUACUGCGGCAGAUUUUGAUAGACUAAUUAUAAAUUAUAGUGAUUUAGCCAACGCUGUGCAGAUACAGGAGACAUUUAAUCAGAUACACUUUAUUACACUGAACUCAAGCGAAUUGAAGAAGUCAAUAAUAGUACAUUGCUCAGUGUGGCAAACGAAGUUAGGGGAAUUACUAAGAACCAUUACAGAGAGUGACAUUGAUGUUAUUUAUGCAUAUAUAGAAAGAAGUAGCGUCGAAGCCAUGACUAUGCCAGCUGACCUAAAAGAGCUUGCGACAGCAAUAGCUACUUAUGAGAGAUUAAUUUCGGAAAUUGCUCCUUUUGAAAAGACAUUUGCUCCUAUAACAGACCAAAUGACUACUCUUGGUAAGUUUGAAGUCGAACUUAGCUCAGAUAUGGUAACUCGUCAUGAGAAUAUACCGGUGACGUGGGCGGAGUAUUUGAAUUUGUUGGAAGAAGCGAAAAAAGCAUUGGAAUUGAAUAAGGAUAAAUUUAAGGCUGAACUCUUGGAACAAGCGGAGGUGUUCAAAGAAGCAGCUAAAGAAUUUUGCGAAGAUUUCUAUAAUACUGCUCCAUGCAGCUCUGAAGUUAGCGGUAAAGAUGCGAUGGCACAAUUGAAAGCUUUUAGGGAACAGCUGAACGCGUUGCGUGCUCAGGAACAGCAAAUUAAGGAUGGAUUGGCUGUUUUUAAUUUGACGACUCCAGUGAAUUUGGACCUUCAGAAGAUGGAAAAGGAACUGGAGAAACUAGAAGAAGUGUGGGGUCUAGUGUACCAAUGGGAGGAGUCUUGGGAGAAAUAUAAGACUCAAACAUUUUGGGAAAUGGAGACCGAUGAAAUGGAAGAAAAUGUUAUGUAUCUUUUUAGAAAUUUCAAUCGAUUAUCUCGUCAGUUAAAAGAUAAAGGCUGGGAUAUAAUCGACACAACUCGUGUUAAAGUAGAUGCCUUUCGAAGAACGCUACCUUUGAUUGGUGAUCUGAAGAAUCCAUGUAUGAGAGAGAGACAUUGGGAUAGGAUCAAAGCGCUUAUGGGCGUUGAAUUUGACCAGAACUCUGAAGAUUUUAAACUGGAAUUGAUUAUGCGUCUAAAUUUCCAAGCAUACGCUGAAGAUAUUGCCGAAAUAUCGAAUGCGGCCACCAUGGAGCUUAACAUUGAGAAUGGUCUAAAAGCGAUUCGCGAAGUUUGGAAGAACACUACAUAUGAAAUGCAACAUCACAGAGGCGAUAUGUAUAAAAUUAAAAAUGUUGAAGAUGUUAUGCAGUUUUUGGAAGACCAUCAAGUGCAAUUAUCUUCGAUGAAGUCCACAAAAUAUGUUGAACCGUUCAUCAAAGAAGUUGAUUAUUGGGAAAAAUCAUUGGGUUAUGUAGCGGAGUGUAUAGAGAUAUCGUUACAAGUCCAAAGACGCUAUCUUUAUCUUGAAAGUAUAUUUAGUGGAGAAGAUAUUCGCAAGCAACUACCAAAUGAAGUCAAAAUAUUUGAUGCACUAUCUGCUGACUGGACAGAGAUAACCAGCAAUAUGUACGCUGGGACAAAUGCAAUUGAAGCUUGCUUGUACAAACCAGCCCCAUAUCUUUUUAAUAAGCUUAAUACAAUGGUUGAUAACUUAGAUGGGAUUUUAAGACAAUUAGAAAAGUAUUUAGAAACAAAGCGGCAGUUGUUUCCUAGAUUUUAUUUCAUUUCCAAUGACGAUUUAUUAGAAAUAUUGGGGAAUUCAAAGAAACCGCAACUUAUUCAAGUCCAUCUGAAAAAGUUGUUCGAUAACGUCAACAAAAUAAGGAUCGAUAAGGUAUAUCAUUUUAAAUAUUACCCUAGUCCUUAA